AUGGACAGCGACAGUGAAAGUGAUAGCGGCAACGACAGCGACAUCAUUGAUGCUGCCAUUCAAGUCGUUUUCGGCCCCGCCCUUGCCCGCGACCUGUUCCGGCGCCGAUUCCGUAUGUCCCGUGACUUGUUCCUUCUUGUCAUGGACGUCGUCGCAGCAAGGAACUCGUACUUCAUACAACGCAAGGAUGCAUUAGGCAUAGAAUCGGACGAUGCCAUGGACUCCUGCCACUUUGGCGCGUCCUUCAAUAUGAGCCAGCAGUGA